AUGGUGAGCGUUUCCCGGGAAAUCAAGGUCAAUAUUGAAAGCAUCGAGGACCACAAACUAGACUACACAGAAUUUGCUCUGGCAAAUCUCGGGCCUGCUGAUGUUCCUCUUGAAGGAGCGCUCACAGAGGUUCCCUACGAUGACAGAGCGUUCUAUACCGACCCUGAACUCCUAAACAUGCAUCCUACUUUAAAUUUGGCUUCCCGUGAAAUUUCCUUGAAGGAGCUUUCCCCGAAGUUUGGAUCAGAGGUCAAGGAUACCCAGUUAGCCUCCUUCGUGGACAAUCCUAAGGUCAAGGACGAGUUAGCUUUGCUACUUACCCAGCGUGGGGUGUUAUUGUUCUAUGACCAGGGAGAUUUCUUCAAGCUAUGGCCUGCUAAGAUUGGCGAGUUUAACUCAUAUUAUGGUGUGCCCCAUGUCCUCCCAAUCACUAAGGUGGUUAAAGAUAACCCUGAAUUUGUGACCGUUUCGGUAUAGGGGUUUAGCAAGUACGCAAAAUUGAGCUACAACAACUACAAGAACCUCUUGACACUCAGAUGCUACGUACAAAGUGUAGCCACCGGCAUAUACGUCUUUGACAAUGUUAGAGUCCCCUCCUUCUGGUGGAGAUACAGUGUUUGUUGACGCAAAUGAAGCGUACGAGCGCUUGUUUCCAGGGUUCAAGGGGCGCUUGCAUGGCUUAACAACUCACUCUGCCCACCAACAGGCUGAAAUCUCUGUCAAGACUGACGGGGUACUUAGAAAACCAAUCAUCACGGCCCAUCCGGUGGUAAGACAACAUCCCAUCACCAUGAGGAAGGCUAUUUUUGUGAACUCGGUUUUACUCGUGAGAUUGAGGGAUAUAAGAAGGAGGAAAGCGACUACUUGUUAAAAUUCUU